AUGCAGCCAGAAUCAAUUCUUGACAUUCGCACAGACAAUGAAACCAUAUUAGCUGCCCGGUCCCGUCCCGUUACUCGUGAAAAUCAAAUCUAUCUCGCCAUUGUACUCGUUGGAUCAGAAAACGCAGCAGAAAUAGAAGAAGGUGUAGCUAUUCUAGAAGAAAUCGCCAAAGAUACUGAUCACAGUGAGGACGUUAGAAUAGCCGUAUACUACUUGGCGCUCGCGCAUGCUCGUCUUCAGAACUACGACAGAUCCACAAAAAUCCUCGACGCUUUGCUCAGUGUCGAGCCAGCGAAUCUGCAAGCUAGUGAACUUCGAAAAGUGGUGCAAAAGAAAAUGAAAAAAGAGGCGCUUCUCGGAUUAGGACUCGUUGGGGGAGCGGCAGCACUGAUCGGAGGAAUCGUCAUCGCCGGAUUCGCUUUCAAAAAAUGA